AUAACAUAGGGUGUUAAGAAAAAGAUCAAUUACUACCUUUCUUCCCCACAUUGCUUCCCACGAUGUUUCUAAUCGUAGGGAGAGGGAUUUUAAGGCUUUAACCAAUUAAAAAAGGCUCCAAAGCCUGCCAAAAUUCACUCUACUCAUAUUACGCUGCCUUGUAGCGCUAUAUAUAGGUAAAACGGCGCCAUUACAGAUUGAACGCGACAAUGUGUGAGUGGACCGUGCAGCGCAUGCAUUAAUUGCGUUAAAUAUUUUAACGUGAUAAAUUUUAAAAGAAAUUAAUUACCUCCGUUAACGGGAUAAAUUUGAUAACCCUACCUUAAGCCUAAACUAGAGACUCUGGAUGAGUGUAACUUAUUAUGUCUGUAACGUUAAAUACAAUUAGAAAACAAUUUAUUUAAAAAAUAUAUAUAUAUUAAAAAAAGGCAUGUCCGAUAUUUUUUUGCCGAUUCCGAUACUUUGAAAAUGCCGUGAUCGGACCCGAUCGAUCGGUAUGCCGAUCGAUUGGGACGCCGAUCGAUUGGGACAUCUCUAAUUUACGUUGUUUGAUUUAUUAAAAAUAAAUAAAUAAACAAAAAAUCUCUGCACAAGGUUAUCUGUAAGAGCUGUCAUUAUAUUAUACUAUAACAUACAGUACAUCAUAAGCACAUUAAGCCAAAGAAAUGCAAAAAAAAUAAUUGAAUUCUGGCGAGAAAAAAUGUACUGAAAUGAAGCAUCAUUCGACCAAAGAGCAUAAGUGCCCUCUAGUGGAGAAAGCAUAGUUCCUAUUAUGAAAUUAAAAGGAUCAUACCUCUAGUUUUUCAUGGUCAAUCGGAGCCAAAUAAAAUCUGGGAGAGAGGUUAAAGUCUGCGCUUUCUAGUCGUGUUGACUGCAGCGCCCUAUGUCAUAUACUUAAUUUUUUACGGUGCUUUAAAGACGCCAUGUGAUUGAACAGGCCGGCCUGAUCAUAGAAUGGCAAGCUUGAUUGGUAUAAUGAAGUCAUGUCAUUGGUGAAACUGGUAGAGCUACUGUUGGCAUCGCUGGCAAAACGAACAAAAAAUAAAUAAAAUCUAAUAUGCAGAAGAGUGUAGCGGAGUUAGAGUAGCGUUUCUUCAUCACAAAUCAGCACAUGUAAAAGUAAAAGGCUAUAAGUACAUAUUUCUCAAAAAGUUAGGUAAAUGUAACGUGUUACUACUCAUCUCUGUUAUAUAGUGAUGUUCAUGUCAUAAGUAAAAGAAAAUAUAGGAUACAUUGUUCACAAAUAUAUAUAUAUUGUAUUGCUCUAAACCCAUGUUGAAACCUUUUUAUCAUGUAAAAACGUCAACUUUGACAACAAAAACGAUGUUUUCACAAAACUGGCUCGUGGGUAGUCGAAAGAAAAACGAUUUUAGUGCAAAAAUGCCCCAAAACAGAAAACGCCUACAAAACCUCUUUAGCACAAAGUUAGAAAAACACAACCACCCCCUUCCCAUUUUUUUUUUUUUUUUUUUUGCCUUCAAGUCUCUCUGUGAUAUUAACACAAGUUAUUCCUGCCACGGUAUUAUGUUACACCCCUUCCCACCCAAUCACAAGUCUCCCCAAAAUCCUGCAUCUCGCCCCCCGCUAUAAGAGAGUGGGAUUUACCUCUCUCCACAUUCUUUUGAAAAAUCAGCACAGGACACUAUUUUAUUGUUUGUGGACCGGACUCAAACGGGGUUGCGAGGGUUCAAAUCGGACAAUGCGGGAAGACGACUCCUCCCCGAUGGACAGCGCCGGGAACAGCGAGGAGGAGACCGAACGUCAACUGCCCAGGAGGGGCGCCAGGAAGCGGCGUGCCACGGCGCGCAGGACCGAACACGACGAAAGCUUGGAGAACUUGGAGAUCCCUAAGAAAAGACGCCGAAAGAGCGGCUGCGCUGGAAGUCAAGGCGGCAGUUCGAGUAGCGAGGCCAGCGGCAGCCCCGCCGGUUCUCUGGACGAGCUCCAGAACCAGCGCGUCAUGGCCAACAUCCGCGAGCGCCAACGCACGCAGUCGCUCAACGAGGCUUUCACGUCGCUACGCAAGAUCAUCCCGACGCUGCCGUCGGAUAAACUCAGCAAAAUCCAGACGCUCAAACUAGCCGCACGGUACAUCGACUUCCUGUGUCAAGUUCUUCAGAGCGACGAGUUGGACGCGAGGGGAGCCAGCUGCAGCUACGUGGCGCACGAACGGCUCAGCUACGCCUUCUCCGUCUGGAGGAUGGGGGACGCCACCAGCCACUAGUGGGCCAAGAUGGAUGGGACCUAACGAUCCUCCAUUUUUGAAGACUCCCGUGACAAGCCCGCCUGAGCGCAGCUGAGGCCCAUCUGCCCGAGCUUCAUUCCUGCGAGGAGAGCGGGAUGUGCCAUAUUUCCCGUUGCAGGGACUGUUAUGUUUGCAAGGGAGCACUUACAGGACAAGACGGAUAUGAAGAGAGACCACUGCGACUAGAUGAAUGUUGUCCAAACAAAAGCAGCUCAGAGGAGCUGUUUGGAAACCGGAGAGAAACAACACAAUUCCUUUGACAUUCUUCGCUACACAGCAAAUGGAGAAUUUGUAUUUAUUUUUUUUCUACUGGUGAGAAAUCCACUUGCCCCAAUUGAAUAUUUAUUUAGGGGGUACAACAGAACGGUUGUAAAUAUUUGCUAAUAAACAAAUGAAAGGACAUUUCUGACAAGUAUGAAUUCAGUUUGUCACUCACCUGACAGUCAUUUCCGUUAGUUUUACAGUUAAUCAGCAAAAUUUAUUUACUUUUGUCAUUAAGCCUUUGCGGAGGGGCUGAAGGAAAACAUCUCAUACCUCAGGAUUACUCCGCGGUUAUUUCUUACGCUCGGAAAUCUGGGAAGCCCGUAAUUAGUCGGUGGGAGCAGCGGGAAGCUUGCAUGAUAUUCCCAGAUGGCAACCAAAGUCACAGGUCAGAAUGCAGUGAAGGUCCUGCAGGUGCUUUUGCAGUUAGAAGAAAUAGAGGUGGAUACGGGUCAGUAUGGAAUUGGCACCGCGGAUACAUACCUGAUUAGUGCCGCAAGGAUUAAUCGAUUAACUCAAGUAAUUUGAUUACAAAAAAGCUUCGAAUCAAAUGUUGCUGCUUCGAG